UUGUCAAACUGACAAAACUUGUGUAGUGCUCAGCGCCGCUGGCUUUUAGUCCGUCAAAUUUUACUCGGCGACGUAUUCAGUAGUUUUCUUUAAUUGUUCAUGGAGCACGAAGCACGGGUGGAAACCCCGUCAGCUGGAGACGAGAUGACAGACAUCGUGCUGGUUGAUUCGGAGUCUUACGUUAACGUUGAACUCGACGUGGAACAGAACAAAGUGGAACAGAACAAGUCCGGUGCAAUAACUCAAGCUCUCUUUCAGAAUGCAGAGGAUGAAGAUGAGAGUGAUGAGAGUGAUGAUGACAGUGGCACAGACCACUUCAACAGUGAAAAGUCGGGCACUCAGCUGCAGAGAUGUGAGCGUAAUAGAGGAGUGAAUUCAAGUCUCCCUGACACCUUCCAGACCAGCCAUCUGCUCUUCUAUGAGCGGUUCAAGGCGUACCAGGACUACAUGCUCGGAGACUGUAAACCCUCCGAGGUGAAGGCCUUCACCGCAGACUACCUGGAGAAGGUGGUGGAGCCGUGUGAUUGGUUGGCUCUGUGGUCUAUUGAUGUCUUUGAUGUUCUGGUGGAGGUGCGGGAUGUGGACUGGAAGGACCUGAAGGCGUGCGUGGGGCUGGUGCUGCCUCUGCAGUGUGAGACCAGAGGCUGUGAACUCACCGAGGAGAGUAUGGAAUCCCUAUUGGAGGCCACUCAGCACAAAGUCCCCCUGCAGGAGCUCCAGGUGGUCUACGACCAGUCUGGGGACUUUGAUCAGACCGCCCUUGCACUUGAGCACCUCAGGUUUUUCUAUAAACACAUCUGGAGGCAGUGGGAUGAGGAAGAUGAAGAUGAUGACUUUGAUUACUUUGUUCGUUGUGUGGAGCCUCGUCUCAGGCUCUACUACGACAUCUUAGAGGACAGAGUCCCAGCAGGCCUGGUGGCAGAGUACCAGUCCUUACUGAAAAACUGCUCCCAGUGCUUCCAGCAGUUCUCGGUGCUGUGCAGCGACCUGAGCACUGACUCGGACUCAGAGCUGGACAACGUAUCCAUGGUGGAGGGCCUGAAGCUCCACGACCAGCUGGAGACUUUGAAACGCAAGCUGCACAUCUUCGAGAACCCCCUGUUGAGGUACGUGCUGGGCUACAAAGGUAAUGCCAGGCAGCAGUGUGUGCAGAGCCGUGGGCCCCGGGCAUCUGGUAUGAAGGUGGUCCAUGUGGUCACAGCCUCCUGCAGCACCGUGCAGCUCCAGUCCCUCCUCCGUGACAGACUGCUGCCUCUGUGCUCCUCUGAGGACACUGAGAUUCAGUUCCACAGAGACCCAGUAUCAGCGGUGGAUUCGUGCCAUCAGGGCGACGUGGUCCUUGUUCUCCCAGGGAUCUACAGUGUCAGCAGCUCCAUCUUCCUACCAGACUCCAUCACUAUAGAAGGCUUCGGGCUUCCUGAUGAGGUGGUGAUUGAGAAGAAAAACAAGGGCGACUCAUUUGUGGAGUCUACAGGAGCCGAUGUCAGACUGUCCAACAUCAAGUUCAUCCAGCACGAUGCUAUCGAGGGCAUUCUGUGUGUGCGUCAGGGCACUCUGAACAUGGAGAACUGCGUGCUGCAGUGCGACACCACCGGAGUCAUCGUCCGAACGUCGGCCCGUCUGGACAUGAACAUGUGCGACCUGUACGGCUCCAAGGGGGCUGGUGUGGAGAUCUACCCGGGCAGUGUUUGCAAUCUAGUUGGAAACGGCAUCCACCACUGUAAGGACGGAAUCCUCAUCAAGGACUUUGCUGAUGAGCUGGAUGUGAUGCCGUCCAUCACCAUGGAGAACAACGUGAUCCACAACAAUGAAGGCUACGGGGUGAUUCUAGUGAAGCCCAACACAAGUAAAGAAGACCCUGCUGCUGACCCAACUGCUGAAGACAAGCAGCACGGGGGCGUUCCAGACGCUCCCUUCGUCUCCACAACCAACCAGACCCCCAGCAGCUCGGCAGACGUUCAGCCCGAGUCUGCCGAGAACAACAGCAGCACAGACGGCGGCGUAGCCUCCACCUCAGGCAGGAAGUGGCAGUUUAGUCGUCAGCUGAGCAGAAACAAGGAGACGUCCUGCAGCCGAGUCGUCCAGGAUCUGAUGGACCACCAGAUCUUCGUCUCCAUUCAGGGAAACCAGUUCAGACGCAACGGCAUGGGCGACUUCGGCAAUUUUUUCUACUGACAAGCAACUUGAGGCUGAACGUCGACACGCCUGCACGCUCUGAACCAGUCUGCAACAUUUAUUUGAAGACAGCUUCAAGUUUGAGAUGAUUUCUUUAGUUUGUCGUGAAAUAAAAUUGAUGAUUGAGGAGCUCUGCAGAGAGGACGAUAACACAGGAAGUGUGUUUCUGACUCUGCCCUGCACCUGUUCAAACCAACGAUGACUGACCCCCCCCCCCCCCCCCCCCCCCCCCCCCCCACAUUCAAACUCGCACAGAUGCUUUUAUCUUAUUUAUUGGGCUCCUGACGCUAAAUGUUUUAACUUUUUAAAAAUGGUUAUUUGUUUGAAAUCAAUAUGUCACUUUGAAUGCAGUUUUGGUGGUUUGACUACACAUAAGCUCACAAUAAACUUUGUUAUUUUCCGGUGGUGGCUCGCUGAAAGCAGUGCACUGUUUAUUAGUUCACACAUUAUUAUGUUAUGAGUUAGCUGUUCACACGGUGCCUCAGGUGUUUUUAAAGGUUUGAUUAUGUGUUUUAUGGAAGUCUCAAGGUUGGCAGGAGCCCAGUGAAAAUAAACAGUGAAGUUUUAUAUUGCCAUUGACUGAUACAAACGAGUCUUUGGUUUUAACUGCUGCAUCUGGAAGUUGUGAAUGUGAUGAAUUUCCUGCAGAUUAAAAAGUGUCUGUUGAAACCUCCAUAUGUGGUGGUGCAGUACUGAUCAUCCUUCUAUAAUGUGAUAUAACCUGACUAAAACUGCAUCAGUCUUAAAUGCUGUGGAUCAUUGUUAAAUUCUGAAGAAGCAACACAGCAGCAGUCAGUCACAUUGAUGGAGCAGCAGACAGCUGAGACCUCAGAUCUUUGUGCUCACGUGUCAAAACUAAACAAGUGAGGCUCCUCUGGUUCAUUUACAAUAUUUCAUUUUAAACACAAUUAUAACCAAAAGCCAAAGUUGACUUUGUAUUUAUUUAGUGUCCAUCCUCCAACAAAAGAACCGGGUGAUCUGUGCACUCUUUCAGCAGGAUGUGCUGUGAGUUCUUUAUUUUAUUAGAAUCCUUUUAUUUCUUAUAUUUGCUGGUACAUGUUUGGACCUUACACCACAAAUGGAUGAUCAACGUUACAUUAAGAGAGUGAAUAUUAGAGGUUUAUUUGAGAUUCAUUCACAGACUUUUAGAAAUCUAGUCACUAUCUUAUAGAAAUACUAUUGGCACUUUUGUUUUCUGUGACGAAACACCACCUUUAUCAGCUGUAAUUAUUAGUGAAAAGCUAAUAUUACAAAAUGUAAAUAUUAGUAAAAUGUUUGGAAGGAUCUUUGUGAAAUCCAGAAUCUGUCUUGUCUUCCAUCUGAAGUGGGAAAAUGUUUGUUUGGCUGACUUGGAGAUGGACUGGGACAAUGCUGCAAGAUUUCCUUAUAACAUUAAAUUCAGACUGGUCAGAGACCAAUAUGUCUUUAA